GAGGGUUAGCGCUCAGUGGUGAUCAAGCUGCGCUUCUGUACAGACGACCUUACCCUGUGUGACAUUCGCUGAAAUUGUUGUGAAUACUUUUAUUGUAUUGUAGACUUGUGGAGGCUGCUAACUACAUUGAAACCUUGAGUCCCCGCCAGCUACAGCUGUUGCGAAAUAUUUAUUGUGACUAGAUUUGAGAAAUUUUGAAGAUAAGAAAGAUGCUCGCCAGCCCUGCCAUGGAAAUGCAAGUCGAGGAGACUCCCUUGGCUCUCCAACGUCUGUGGAACCUGACCAGAGCUCGUCUGGCCGGUACAUCCACUCUUGAUGUGGAACCAGCUCUCGGAGAAUCUUUACCACCAGCUCAGGAGUUCGAAGGCACCCCGAAAGCCUUGCUUCCAGCUCCCAGCGACUAUGAAAGCGAUGGUGAAGAAGCUUUCCCAGAGUUAGAAAUACCUGAGGCGACCGAUGUGCCUAGCAAGGGUUUCUGGCCUGACAGUGCUUACACUAAGGAGGUUCUGUUGGACGCAAGCUCGUUGGGCGAUGUCCCUGCGGUGUACCGCGUGCCGCAACCCGCUCCCCAUCAGAUGCCAGUCAUUGGCGUGUACAUCGACCCCCGCGUCAGAACCGGCUUCCGUUACAAAGUUAGACCGAUGCAGGCUCUGGAUGCCCCUCCCCUAUCUGUGAAGCCGAGAUACUUGUUCGGAGGAAAGGCUCUCACCCUGCAAUCAAUUGGCCGUGGUUAUGCCCGCCGCCUAACAUUUGAGCCUGUUGGAUCCAAAUUGAAUGAGAAUGACAAUUUCUUCUGGACUGACUCCAGGCCUGAAGGAUUUUUGUUUGAGAUUGAGGCUGUAUCUGUUGGAGACAAGUUUACUAUCUACGAUGCUAACCAUGAACCGCAGGGUAUCCUGGAAGUGGUUCAGCAACAGAAAAAUCAAAUUGAAAUAGAGCAGAAGAUUCAUGAGAACGGAUCCAUUGACAAGAAAGUCAAGAUAAACACCCUUUGCAAAGUUGAGUGGUAUGAAAACGAUGGUGCUACGAAAUUGGUGCCUGUGACUGGUGUCGCAAUCUUGAAGAAGGGCAGAGGAAACGCAACGGUGUCCAGGGUGGUUAAUGUAGCCAUCGGCAUCAAACAACUCAAGAAGGGUUAUGAACUCAAACCCGGCAUUGAAUCUUCCUCCAGGAGGGUUACCGUCAACGGUGGUGAUAUUAAAGACAUUCCUUGCCAGUAUUGCAUUGUCGGUUUAGAAAAAUACGAACUUCCCGCCAUUGGAACCUACGUAGAUCCCCGUAUCGUUCCCGGCUUCUACUACCGCGUGCGGCCAGCUGGCAGCCGGAGACAUCUCUUCCAGGGCCGUAGCUUGCUACUGCAGUCUAUUGGCAUGGGAUACGGAAAACGCAUUACUUUCAAACCCGACUCCCUUAACGAGCCUGAGAACUAUUUCUGGUCCGACUCGCACCCCGAAGGUAUUGGGAUGGAAACGCGGGCCAUUCAUCCUGGCAUGAAGUUCUCGGUCACAGGAAAUGGGGGUCUGUUGGGAGAAGCAAGCGUAUUCCGUGCUGAUUUGCCCCAAGCUGAGGAAAAGACAGAAUAUGUGGACGUGCCGGGAAAGCGAGGAAAGGCAGUCGAGAAAUACGUUCAUGUGGAUGUGACAUGCCACGUAAAGCUGGCAACCACAGGAGGCGGUUCAGUAGACUCUGAAGUGCAUCUCAUGAAGGUGUCAGGAGUGGCACUGGUCCGCAAAGAACCGGGUGAAGCUGUCGCAAAACUUGUAAAGGUCUUCAACGUCGGUUUGGACUCCCAGUUGAACCUGUUGUUCGCGCACUCACAGACCGAGCUGACCUUCCAUCCCCUGCCCUAAACGUAUCACGAGGUCCGAAUGGUGUUGCAAUAUCUGUGAUGGCAGUCGUCUCACACAGAGGUAUUGUAAUGCCAAAAGCUUACCUGGCGCGACAUAGGUUUCGUCAAAUGCCAACCGAUUGGUUUCGAGUCUGCAACCGAGAUGGUCUAAUAGAUAGGCCGAUGCUGUUUGCAAUUCGGUUGCACGCUCGUUCAGCUGCUAGCUGCUAGCUGAACAGUAUACCUGGAUAUCACCAUCAAGCUCCAGUUUUACCACCAUCGCUGUGAAGAUUGCUAUAGUAACGACACAACCAUGACAUUGCAUCAAGAACAUCAUCUCAGUGAAAUUGACAUGGUGAUUGGUGGAGUCUACGUCUUUUAACAACUAAGGCAUAUUGUGUCGAUUAUAAAGUUACUAUAAGUACUUUCCAAAAGCAAAGGAUUUAUCAGUAUUUUAAUUUAAUCGUUCGUAAUUUGUUAUUUUAAAAAUGAAAUCAAAUUAGAAUUUUCAAAUAUUGUACCGGAGAGAGUAGUAAAAAGACUAGUGUUAUCGCUGUAAUAAAUAAUUACCGUUUUGGGACAUUA